CCAACCUCGAUGAGCAUCUUAGCUCACUGAGCAGAAACAGUAUCCUUUGUCUUCUCUGGAUCGGGAGAUAUAACAGAGAGCAGCGUAAGGUUUACUUCUGACGCACUCCAUCCUCCGCCCCUCCCCCCUCCCCAAAUGCCAAGGACCAUCACUUGCCAAAAAAAAUUCUACACUUACAGCCACAGGUGCUCAAAGGAGGGUAGAUCAGUCCUCAGGCUGACAGAGUUGAUACACAUGUAUUGCCUAUGAUUAAUCUUGAUGAAUACAAUGUAAACAGCAGGCCGGCUGACCAAAUUCUUCAACUGGUCCCUCUGAGGCGCUGAUAGGAGCGAAGAAUGAUGGGGGCAUUGACUCAAUGCAACCCCCAGGGGGAAGAGGUGGCCAACUCAGAGAAAUCCCAGAAUUCUUUGCAGCUCAGCCAGGAGAAUCGAUGGGACUGGAUGAAGAGAGUCUGUCUGAGGGCAAGCUACAGUGUUCUCCUUUGUGUCCUGUCCCAGAUCCUGGUCCUCUGGGUUGUGUAUCUAUGCCAGGGUUAUGGUCUGUUUGCAGCUGGACAGAAGGUCCUUAGUCUCUUGCAAUACUUAGUGAAGCCUGCAACUGCUUUCCCAGAUACCAAGGAUCUCUUACCUUUGCAGCAAGGUUUUUGGGAUACAGAGAACUGCUGCCCUCUCCUGGCAACAGCUAUACUGGGAACUGUGCUGACAGGCUCUGGAAUCCUCUAUUGUCUGAAAACAGUCAUUCGCCAAUUCCCACCAGACGCAAGGCGUCAGUCAAUGAGUCGACAGCCCUCCUUUACCUAUUCAGAGUGGCCUGAAGAAAAGAUUGAUGAAAUCAUUGACGCAGUAGCUCAGGAUCAUGAGCAGGACGAUAUAGAGGGUCAAGUCUUUUUACAGUCUGAGAGUCAGGAACAGGUGGAAAACCUGAUUCAGGGCCUUGAAAGCUCCACAGAUUCAACAUCAGAGUUAGUGGAUCAGUCAACACUUGCAGUUAAACCAGUUGGACUUCAGGAGAGGAGAGGCUCCAAUGUAUCCCUUACUCUGGAUAUGUGUACACCAGGAAGUGAAGAAGCUGAUGGGCAGGUGCUGUCACCCAGGGAGCAAUCUGCAUGCGAAUACUUGCAAACAGCGUCAAAUCUACUCACUUCAGAGAUACUGCAUGAACGGGCCAUGGACUCUUUCUCGCUCCAGAGAGAGUUCCUUGAAAUACCAAUGAAUUUUGUUGACCCAAAGGAAUUUGAUAUUCCAGGUUUCGGGCUGAAGAAUCGCUAUAAGACAAUUCUCCCAAAUCCUCACAGCAGAGUGUGCCUUACCAUUAACAAAACAGAGGAUCCACUUAGUUCAUACAUUAAUGCUAACUACAUUAGGGGCUAUGGAGGGGAGGAAAAAGUAUACAUUGCUACUCAGGGACCAACUGUGAACACAGUGUCGGAUUUUUGGACAAUGAUUUGGCAGGAGCGGUCAACUAUUGUCGUCAUGAUCACAAAUCUAGAGGAGAAGAAUGAGAAAUGUACAGUGUAUUGGCCUGAGGAUAAAGCCAAUUACCAAGGAAUCGAAGUGAUUGUAAACAGUGUCCAACACGCAGAUGACUACAGUUUGAGAAACAUUACCCUAAAGGAUGGUUUGGAGGAAAGACAUUUAAAGCACUACUGGUACACAUCAUGGCCUGAUCAGAAGACACCAGAUAAUGCUCGUCCACUUUUACAGCUGGUUCAGGAGGUUGAAGAGGCCAGACAGCAAGCUAAGAAGGACAAUAGCGGACCAGUGAUAGUCCACUGCAGUGCUGGCAUUGGAAGGACAGGCUGUUUCAUUGCCACCAGCAUCUGUUACAGAGAGCUGAAGUAUGCUGGUGUAGUUGAUAUACUGAGGACAACCUGUCAGCUAAGGAUAGACAGGGGAGGUAUGAUCCAGACAUGUGAGCAGUACCAGUUUGUACACCAUGCCCUGAGUCUGUGUGAGAGACAGCUAUCCCAACAAGCAGAAGAAUAAGCGACAGCCUGCCAACCAAGCAGCCAUGGACCAAAGUGGCACAAAAAUCUCCCUACCAAUAUGUUUUUAUGUCAUUUGUCAAACAAGCUGAUGCUAAAUGUGUGGGUAUGUGGUUUACAAAUGGAAUGGUUCAUUAUCACUGAAGUGGACUUCAUGAAUGUUAAGUGUCUGAGCCAUUUCAUUUUUAAAGAACAAUUUUUAAACUCAUGCAAUUGUGGAGAAGUUAAACUAUCAUAAGCGUGCGUACCUGUGUUUCAUGUCUGAAUAGAUAGAUACUUGUAACUCUCUCAAGAGCUACAAGUAAUUCACUUCAGUUUCUAAAGCAACAAGAUCACUGCGGUUCUCCCUCCAUUAGAUCGCAUAUAUCAGUUUACAUAAGAUAUACAGCACAGGAACAGGCCAUUUAGCCCAAGUUGUCUAUGUGGGAAUCAUGCUUCAUGCAGUGUUGAGAUAUUCAGUUGGAUGUUGAAUUGCCAAUACACCGUCUGAAGAUCAGGGAGUUCUUCCAUCCAAGUCUCCUUCCGCAAACUCGGCCAAAAACAAGGCAGACAAACAGGAGACUGCAAGAACACAGCAGGCCAGGCAGUGUCUGGAGGAAAGGAGCAGUCAACGUUGACCACUCCUCUCCUCCAGAUGCUGCCCGGUUUGUUGUUCUUCCAGCCUCCUGUUUGUCUACCUUGGAUUCCAGCAUCUGCAGUUUCAUUUUGUCUCCACCAAAAACAAACUGCAUUUUUGUGAGAAAUUACUGAGCACAUUUGGAUCAUUUCUGAGAAUUAGGACGAGGUGUUAUGUAAGUUUAAAUUCCUUUCAUUCAGCUCUACUUACUUCGGUAAAACAGAUUUUGAAAUCUCUAAUGAGAGGAAAUAAUGUUUACUUUUGAGAGUAUAAUUACUAAAAUGAUUUUAAUUCAAUCUAUUUUAUUACAUACUGUGUGCCAGAAAAUUGAUUGAAUGGCAUGUUAUAUGCGUUGAAGUUCUAAAUAUAUGUGCGUUUUGUUGUGAGGGUAAUUGUUUUUCUCCUUGAGUAAAACACCACCUUUGGCUAAGAGAACAGUUGAGUAAAACAUACCAGAGUCUUAUUAUUUAUUAUCUCAUCCAAAUUAUUAUAGAAGCCACAUGUUAUUUUGGAACUGACUAACUGGUGUUCAAUGUCUUUCCUGUCAUUUUACCAAGCUGAAACAGGUGAAAGUUUGUAGAAAGUAAAAUAAAUAUCUUCUAUAGGCACCUAUAUUAUGAUUUUAGUCCAAACGAUAUUGCAUUAAAAAUUGUCACAGUGUGAUAUGCUUUGAACUAUCGCUUUGACCCCAUCCCCAACGCCAGAUGUAUACAUGAGAUUGUGUUAGCCUAAACUGGAGGAUGAAUCACAGAUAACCAAAUCAACAAUGGCUCUCCGCUAAAAUCCUCCAAGCUGCAUUUUAAUUUUGAAGGAAAAUUUUUUUUUAUUGUUGGUGUUGGCCUGCUUGCAGUUAUUCCCUUGCUUGCUGUGAUUGGGAAGUCUUUAGAGCUUAUUAGCAGGGAAAGUAUAACAUUUUAGUUUGAUAAAUGAUGGGAUUAAUGCGCCUCAACUUCCUGGAAAUUGGUCAUGAUGAGAAAAUGCCAGCUAAUUGUUUGCUAAAACCCUGAGGUGAGAGUGCACCUUUGAAAUGAGAACAGUGCUUCUAUAGUUUUAGAGAAUUUAGAUGCCAAAGUAAAAUUUAAGAAAGGGAUAUUCCGUUCAAACCUCCCUUUAUGUUGAGUUGAAAUUCUCAUAACAAAUAUGAGAUUCCAAUGUAAAAACUGAAAGAAGUUGCUGGAAAAGCUCAGCAGGUCUGGCAACAUCUGUGAAGAAAAAUCAGUUAAGAUUUUGGGUCCAGUGACCUUUCCUCGGAACUUCCUCAUAAUAAAUAUGAGAUUCCAAUUUUCUUUGUGUCAAAAGAUGAAGGUCACACUGAAAUUAACAAUAGUGAUGUAAUGACUGAGUGUUUAAAGGAAUUACCUUGUGGUUCAAUUGGUCAAUAAUACAGGUUAGUGUAUAUUAAAACUUCUACUGUGUGAUUAGAGCAGUGUCAGAGUUAUCAUCCUGAAAUAUAAUGUGGCCAUUUCUUCCAACAGGAUUUCAAAGGUAUGACCCAUUGUUAUUUCACUUUUACAGUUAUGGUUCAUAUCCAGGCCAGAACAAAAGGUUGAAGGUCUCUGUUACUAGAUGGGAGGCUCCAAUAGGAAAACAAGUCAAAAUGUUUAAGGAAGAACAUACUAACAACACAAUAAUAACAAAAAUUGGAAAUGUCACAAAAUGAAACCCCGAGGAUGGUUGAUGUGGAAAAUGGAAAAAUGAAUAAUCGGGAUAGUGUGUGGAAUUUGUCUCAAAUUGAGAGAAGGAUGGAAUCUUGGUUGGAUAUACAAGAGGUUUUAGACUGAUUUUACCCAAACCGUAUCUGAGCGAGGAACAGUUGAUGUUGACUCUUGGUAUGAAUUCAGUGGUAAUUUAAUCAUCAGCAUUCAUGGUCAUCAACUUGAACUUUAGCAAGAAAACCUAUGAUAAAAGGAAUAAAUAAGUGAGUUUGUAGCCAUGCUCACCGGUGGGUUUGGCUGAAAAUGUUUCAUCCUCCUGCUAGGUAGCAUCGUCAGUGCCUUCAGUGAAGCAUUAGUGUU